CCUCAAAAGGCUGUGACUGUGGGAGAAGGAGUGAAUUGAUGAGAGCUGUCUUCAUCUGUCCAUCUGCCCCUGUCUCCGGUGGUCACUGGAGGACGAGGAGGAUGGCGACACCUACGAGGCGCCGCCUUGUGAACGUCCCGCCAUGAAGGUCCCGCAAAGAAAUAUGGAGGAGAACGUUUACCUGGAGAGGGCAGCAGCACCCAGCCCCUCCAGACAGGGCCCGCCCUCUAGACCUUCCAAGACAGUGCCAGGGAAAAGCAAGAAGCCCGAGCUGCAGGACAAGUCCGAGGACACCUACAUCGACCCCAAUGCCAAAACGCCCCCCCAGGUGAACCGUAAGGAGAAGCCGGGAAAGAAGGUGCCCCCAAGACCUGUCUCUGUCCCACAGGCUGAUGAAGAUGUAUAUCUGGACCCCAACGAAGGCCAGGAUGACAAUGACGACCUAUAUCUGGAGCCUGAUGCAGGAGACGUAUCACAGGAGAGGCAGAGAGUGUGUCCUUCCAUCCCCAGCAAGAUCCCACUGAUCCCUCCCUCACCAGGACCACGCGGUCUCACCAUACCCAUGAUGAAGCCCCCAGUUCCCAGGGAUAAGUCUACGAAGGACUUCUCCUCUGAUGGGACAGAGGGCAGGCGAACCUCUUUUCCAGGUAAGGUGCCACCACCAAUGCCAGCAGCCAAGCCUCCCCUGCCCACUUCACUCAAGGAGCACAAGCCCAGCCCCUCUUCGCUCAGAGUGCCCAGGGACGGUCCGGGAGUCAAGCAAAUGGGGCUGAAGCUUUUCCUCCAGUCUGGGCCAGAGGAUGCCAGGCUGCAGGACAAGGACUGGUUUGCAGGAAACUGUGAUCGCAAGGCAGCGGAGGCCGUCCUGCACGGAGUUGGCAAGGAUGGGACGUUCCUGGUGCGCCUCAGCUCGGCUCAGGGGGCGCGGCAGCCAUACACACUUGUGGUCCUGUACAUGCAGAAGGUCUACAACAUCCCCAUCCGGUACCUGGAGGAGAGCCGCAGCUACGCACUGGGCAAGGAGGGCAAGAGGACUGAGGAGGUCUUCGGCAGUCUCUCGGACAUCAUCACUCACCAUGCAAGCAACCCCAUCCUGCUGAUCGACAGCAAGAGCCAGGCCAAACACACCACCUACCUCAGCCACCCUGCCCGCCCCUGACCUACCACCCCAUUGACACCCCCUGUACAGCACGCAGGGUGGGCACAAGAAAACAGCAGCAGAAUGAGUAACCCACCAUUAACCUCCAGAAACACCCCAACACCUGCUCAUCCCAGCCAGUGCUGUUCUCCCAGCGUGGUACAGGAGCAGCCCUGGAGCCUGCAGAUCCAGCUGUGCUGCCUCUUGCCCGACAGCUGGACUCCCUGGUGAAAUCAAGACCUGCAAAUCACCUUCCUCUCACUAACGAGACCCACCCUCCCUGCACAGGGGAGCAGCCCGCACAGCUGGGGCUACAUCUGGAUGGGACCACCUGUGUCCCAGACGCAGGUUUUCUUCAGUCAACGGAGAUGCACAAGAACGCCACCUGCAGGACAUGGAGGAAACAGUCCCGAAAAGUCGAUUCUAGGUUUCUGUCCGCUUCUCUCAGCACUUUUCCCUUCGUUCAUAUUAGCACCCGGAACCUAGCAUAGAGGUUUGUUAAUACUGUUCUGUAUGUUUAAAAUUAAAUUGUAGAGUUUCUUUAAUUCGAUAUUUAUUUUAACUAUGAGGUAAGGGAGCGAAACGUGUAUAGAUAUAUGCGUUUUUUUUAUUUUGCAUCGUACCUGAGGACGUUUCUUUUAAGAGAAAUACCAAGUGUCAGCAACCGGCGUGCAGAUGUUUCCACGAGAUGUGCGCCAAACUCACACUACUGUGAAAAGUGAAGAUCUACAGAUCCGCCUUCAGAUUUAAUUACAAAAUUUCUGUUCUUGAAAAAUAUUAAUAAAACACAAUUUUCAUUACUUUUACAA